CCGCCCAUCGGCAUCCGCCCUCCCGCCGACGAACCGCUUCCCCCGGCGUCGGGCAGCAGGCAGCCGCCUUUUCCUCCUCCGCUUCAGCCCAGCCCGCCGCCCCCAUCCCCGAGCACCGCGCAGAAGAUGGCGGCGUACAAAUUCCUCCUGCCGCCGCUCGGCCGACGCAUCCUCCUUCCCGCCGCCCGCCCGCGGGGCGCCGGGGCUGAGAUUUGUGGAUGUUAUUUUUCUACCAGCUGUCAUCGCAACACCAAAUUUUAUACCGAUCCUGUUGAAGCUGUAAAAGAUAUACCCAAUGGGGCAACUAUACUUGUUGGUGGUUUUGGAUUGUGUGGGAUUCCUGAAAACCUCAUUGGAGGUUUACUGAAGACUGGAGUAAAGGGAAUAACAGCAGUCAGUAAUAAUGCAGGUGUCGACAAUUUUGGACUUGGUCUCCUGCUUCAGACUAAGCAGAUAAAACGCAUGGUGUCGUCAUAUGUUGGAGAGAAUGCUGAAUUUGAACGCCAGUAUUUAUCUGGUGAGCUUGAAGUUGAGCUUACACCUCAGGGUACGCUUGCUGAACGUAUUAGGGCAGGAGGAGCAGGAAUCCCAGCGUUUUACACCAGUACUGGCUAUGGGACACUUGUGCAGGAAGGGGGUGCACCUAUCAAAUACAACAAGGAUGGCACUAUUGCCAUUGCUAGCCAGCCGAGAGAGGUGCGAGAGUUUGAUGGCCGUCACUUUAUUCUGGAGAAGUCGAUUACAGGAGAUUUUGCUCUUGUGAAGGCAUGGAAGGCUGAUCGUGCAGGAAACAUAAUUUUCAGGAAAACUGCAAGAAACUUCAACCAACCUAUGUGCAAAGCUGCCAAGACAACUGUGGUAGAGGUGGAAGAAAUUGUUGAUAUAGGAGCAUUUGCCCCAGAAGACAUUCAUGUUCCCAAAAUCUAUGUUGAUCGUCUGAUACAAGGAGAGAAGUUUGAGAAGAGAAUUGAACGCUUAUCAAUCCGAAAGCCUGAAGACUCAAAAGCCAAACAAAAACAAGGAGACAAUGUGAGGGAGAGGAUCAUCAGACGGGCUGCUUUGGAGUUUGAGGAUGGCAUGUAUGCUAAUCUGGGUAUUGGAAUCCCACUCUUGGCCAGUAACUUCAUCAGUCCAGACAUAACUGUUCACUUACAGAGCGAAAAUGGUGUCCUGGGUUUGGGUCCUUAUCCACUUGAAAAUGAGGUAGAUCCAGACCUGAUUAAUGCAGGUAAGGAGACAGUCACUGUUCUUCCAGGUUCUUCCUAUUUCUCUAGCGAUGAAUCAUUUGCAAUGAUAAGAGGAGGCCAUGUUGAUCUGACAAUGCUUGGAGCUAUGCAGGUGUCUAAGUACGGUGACCUCGCCAACUGGAUGAUUCCUGGUAAGAUGGUGAAAGGAAUGGGUGGUGCCAUGGACCUGGUAUCCAGUGCGCAGACCAAAGUGGUUGUCACCAUGGAGCACUCAGCCAAGGGCAAUGUCCAUAAAAUCUUGGAAAAGUGCAAUUUACCACUUACUGGGAAACAAUGUGUAAACCGCAUCAUUACGGAGAAGGCUGUGUUUGAUGUGGACAAGAAGAAGGGAUUGACCCUUGUGGAAAUCUGGGAAGGACUGACAGUGGAUGAUAUCAAGAAAAGCACUGGCUGUGACUUCACAGUUUCGCCAAAACUAAUACCAAUGAGGCAGAUUUAAACGUGAAAUACAGACUGGGCUUAACUUGCCAGAAGGCUUGUUUCCAAAUGGGAGCUCAGUGAAGAGAAAUCUGUGACUGUUUUGCAAUUUUACGUCUUUUUUGUUUGGUUUUUUGUUUUUUUUUUUUUUUUUUAAGGGCUUUGUAAGUAGUUUCCAGGCAGUUAAACUCAGACUGUGACUAUCAGCCUAAAUUGUAUUUUACUUUCAUAACAUCACCAAUUUUAAUGGAAGGGUGAAUUUAUUCCCUAAAUUUUGAAUAAUGUUAUACUAAAAUGUUAAUGAACACUGUCAAAAAAUGCCUUGUAGUCUCUCUGCCAAAUACUACGUUUUUUACACAGAUUCAGAAAAUAAGCGUGCAAAACUUAUGAUUGCCUCUGCUUUUCCUGAUGUCAUUAAACUUACAAGUCACUCCAUUGCUCUGGAACUACAGCACUUAACUGUGUCCUUUCUCCUGUAAAGGUGUAGGGGUUUUUUUCUGGCGUGGUCUAUAGCAAAUGUAUGCAGCUGUAGAGAAACACCAGGAAUAUGGACUUCCCUUUUCCUGAACCUUUUAAUGAGUCUGCGACAAAACUAUUUAUACCAGUGGAAAAAAAAGGGUCCUUAGCCCGGAAUGUACCUUCUGUUUCCACAGUUUGUGUCUGUUGGCAUUAAGAAGCCUACACUUCCCAAAGUCCAACUCUGACCCCUUCUAUUUAAAUCAAACAAACUAGAAUGAGGCUAAUGUGAAGGAGGAAGAUUAAAAAGUCUCCUUCCCCAUGCAGGCAACUGGUAACUGCAUAAUUGUCCUACAUGAACCACUCUUACUCUCCAGAUAUAAUUCAACCUGGGAACAGGUUGCCCAGAGAGGUGGUGGAAGCCCCAUCCCUGGAAGUUUUUAGGGCCAGGCUGGAUGGGGCCUGAGCAACCUCAUCUAGUGGGAGAUGUCCCUGCCCAGGGCAGGGGGGUUGGAACUAGAUGAUCUUUAAGGUCCCUUCCAACCCUAAAAAUUCUGUGAUUCUAUGAUUCUCCCCAGCCCCCAUUCAAAGGCAAAUGCAGGUUGUUUCUGGAGUGAGGUCUGUCCUUCCAGUGUUACAUAGAGAAACGGGGGAAGAGAAUGUUGUGGGCACUUGGAAGGGAAUACACUUGCCAAUCAAGGCAUUGGGAAAAACUAAAGAGUUUGGAACCAAAACUCAUGGUAGCUAGAAUGAAGACAUAAGACAAUCAAAAUGAAAAGUCAUUCUCUCAUACUGGUUCUGCUGUUUGAUAAAGACCUUCCUUUCCCUGUUAUUAACGAUAAAAUGACUGUUAUUUUUGCAAAUAGGUAAUAUGACAGCAUUGGAUCUCACGUCCAAAAUCAGCAAAAUAUGUCCUUCUUAUACACAACAGAAAUUGACUGGAAAUCCGCAUUUACUUAAAUACAGUAUUCUCUCCAAGUAUAAUGGUUUCUGUCAUUCAUAUAAAUAGGAACAUGUAAAAUACUUCAGUUAAAAUAAUUCCUGGUGUAAUGUUUGACAUCAGAACUGGAGCAGAAUAAGUGACUGAAAAGCAUGUAAAAUGUAGAUGCACAAAUAAAUAUUUAUAUGUAUAUAUGGCUAUCAUUCGUGUGAUAAGCGCUUUUGGGAUAUGGUAUAGAAGGGCAUUCUAAUACUAGAUUGAGGACCUAGAUGAGGAUCUAAUACUAGAUGGACCAUAGUCAGUUUGUGUUGUGGAAGGAAUGUAACACAUUUCUAGGGAACCAGAUAGGAAAAUCCUGCGGUAUUGAGCUCCUGUACUAGCCUUUGUACUGCAUUUUUACGUCUCUUUCAUGGGUCAGUUACACAAUUUGUCUUGAUCCACACAUAGGUUUUAUAGCAGUAAAACUGUUUUGAUUAGAGAGAUUGUUUUGUUUAGUUGCACUUACUCUAAACAAUUCUUUGAUAAUCUCUUGGCAAUACCAGAAUAGGUUAUCCUGCUUCCCACAAAGGAAUAAACAAAAUGCCGUUGUAAGCAGCUUUUUGCUAGUACAAAAGUACUCCCAUAAUACUAAGUUGUAUGACUUGAACUCAUGCAUGCUAAUGGGUGGUAGGCUGUCAUAUAGUCUGAAUAUAUAGGCAAGACCUGAUGCUGAGCCCAUGGGGAGGGAAAGCGUUGUACAAAAACUAGUGCUAAUUUAAUGAUUAAACAAAUAAAAGUGAUUUGGUUGAUAGGUAAUUUGCAUGCGAGAUUUGAAACUACAUUGAUCAAAGUGCUCCAGAAUACCUUAACCCAGGAUUAGCACAAAUUUGUUUUUACCUAGCUUCAGUUUUCACCUGCUUUCUUUAUUUAGGUGUAUUCCCUAUGUUAUUCACUCAUUCCAGACAAGUUACUUUCUUAAAAUUUGGCCAUUUCUAUUGCUAUGGAUGUGGACUGAAGUUCUGCUCACAGAGGUUUUGCGGAUUUAAAAUCUCUAUACAACAAAAGUUGACUUUAUUUUAGCUGAGUGUAAAACAGUUUUGGUUUUAGACAGAGCAGCCCAGAGGCCUCUUCCCCAGUCCAUAAAGACAGUUCAGGGACAAUUCUGACCCUUGUCAUGCUGUACACAGCAAAAGGUGCCUAUCUUUGCCUUCAGGGCCAAGGACAGGUGAAGAGCUGCCCUGAGGGGACGGGUGUGAUCCCUGACGGUGUCUUUUAUCGUCACUCAGAGCUCCUGGACAGAGUACCCAGAGUGGAUACUGGUUUUAGGGGAGGAGUAUAAGAAGUAUUAUACAGGGGAAGGGAGUUACUAUUAAUUUAUCCAGAGAAAAAAAAUAUAUAAUUAAAUAGCUGGGGAAGUCUUAAAGAAAUCUAUAAAUGAAAUGUUGAUCUAUUGCAAUUACCUGUGUUACAUUAGUUGUAGGACUGAUUAGUUAAUUCCAGUGAACAUUUAUUGACAUGUAUAAAAUACCAGAGAAGUGUCUGAGGGCAGCAUCAGGUGUAUGCUGCUUCUGCCAUAGAACUAUGCUUUGCUGGCAUACGCACAGAAGCCAUCGUUGUCAUUAAUAUGUGGCUAUAAAAAGAUUUAUGACCUGAUAAUGUCUGGGAGUUCAGCACUUUGGUUUCUGAAGCAAAGAAUUAGGAACCAAGAACUCCUGAGUUUCAGCUUUUCUGCCUUUGGAAAUGCCAUCUGUGCUCUCUGCCUUGUCCUGUUGCUGGAAAAGGGGAUGUUGUUCUUCCUACCUCACAGGGAUGUUGUGAGGAAUAACCAGCUAAGGUCUGUGCAACAGGUUAUUUUUUCUCUUCAGUUUGGGGAUCACACUCGAUCAAGAGUUUGAAGGAGUACUUGAAGAAUGUUGUACAUGCUGGGUAUUUGAGUUCUAUGUCUUCUCUUAUUUGUGUCUGUAGAUGCAAGAGAGCAAAAGUCAGUAUGAUGCUGAAAAUUGGGGAUGAAAGGAGAACAGGCUUUCUCCGUAUACAACAAUGGUGCACAUAUCUGUAUGUCACACUUGAAUUUUUUUAUCUUGAGGACAAUAUAUUGUGGUAGAAUAUUGGUAUUGUUAUGAAAACAUCAUGUGUCCGCACAAGCUAAUUGCAGCAAGCUGUGACUCCACUUUUUUGGUUUGUAAAGUAGGAUUAGAAAUUAAAGCACUCCCAAGUGUUUCCAUCUGUGGACUCAAGCGAGGUUCAUAGGUAAGGUAUACUCUGAGCAGUAGUAGUGAUGAUUGGUAUUGCAGGGAUGAGAGCUUCUUGUUCCUCUUCAGCGGUUCAUGGUAUGCGUGAAGUUUUAGUGGGACGUCACUAAGAUUAUCCACUGAUUGACAGCACUUCACAAGACAAGGACAGUUGGUACUCUUUGUCCUGAAGAAGAUGAUGAUUCUACUAUAUUACCACAUUGGACUUUUUUCACUUUCUAUUUUAUUGACUUUUGUCCCUGAAAAAGCAAAAAAAUGAAAUAUUAAAGAAAAUGUAGUUGUACUGUAAUCUCUGCAAACUAAACGUCAAAGUCCUUCUAUGUAUUUGCAAAACAAUCAAUAAAAUAAAAAUUAAAAAUCUCA